GGGGCUCCGUGCGUGCGGCGCGUGCGCGCGGCGUCGGUGUGUAUGUGAGGCUCUGACGGGUUCAAAAUGGCGGCGGCGGCUCCUGUAAGAGGACAAAGGCGCAGGAGAGACCUGGAGGAAGAGGACGACGACAGCAGUCCUGGCGUGUCCUUCUCGCUCUCUUCUGAGGAGUCGGAGAUGGAGCCCGAGGAAGAGCGGAUCCGUUACAGCCAAAGACUGCGUGGCACAAUGAGGCGGCGUUACGAGGACGACGGCAUCUCCGACGAUGAGAUUGAAGGGAAGAGGACGUUUGACCUCGAGGAAAAGCUGUCCACCAACAAGUUCAACUCUACCUUCGUGGUCUUCAUGGAAGGCAAAGACUUCACAGUUGAGUACAUCCAGCGGGGUGGCCUGAGGGACCCACUCAUCUUCAGGAGCUCGGACGGCCUGGGGAUAAAGAUGCCGGAUCCGGACUUCAGCGUGAAUGAUGUGCGACUGUGUGUGGGGAGCCGACGGAUAGUGGAUGUGAUGGAUGUGAACACGCAGCGGGAUAUUGAGAUGUCCAUGGCACAGUGGGCACGCUACUAUGAAACACCAGAGGAGGAGCGGGAGAAACUCUACAACGUCAUCAGCCUGGAGUUUAGCCACACCAAACUGGAGAACCUGGUGCAGAGACCUGCUACGGUGGAUUUGAUUGACUGGGUUGAUAACAUGUGGCCCAGGCACCUGAAGGAAAGUCAGACAGAGUCUACCAAUGCCAUCCUGGAGAUGCAGUACCCAAAGGUGCAGAAAUACUGUUUGAUGAGUGUCAAGGGCUGCUACACAGAUUUCCACGUGGACUUUGGGGGCACUUCUGUGUGGUACCACAUCCACCGAGGGGGAAAGAUCUUCUGGCUGAUCCCUCCCACACCCCAGAACCUGGAGCUCUAUGAAAACUGGCUUCUCUCAGGGAAGCAGGGAGACAUUUUCCUUGGGGACAGAGUGUCAGAGUGCCAGCGCAUCGAGCUCAAGCAGGGCUACACAUUUGUCAUCCCCUCAGGUUGGAUCCAUGCUGUAUACACUCCCAUGGACACACUGGUUUUUGGGGGCAACUUCUUACACAGCUUCAACAUCCCUAUGCAGCUCCGGAUCUACAGCAUUGAGGACCGCACACGGGUCCCAAAUAAAUUUCGUUACCCCUUCUAUUAUGAGAUGUGUUGGUACGUGCUGGAGCGCUACGUGUACUGCAUCACCAGCCGCUCCCACCUGACCAAGGACUUCCAGAAAGAAUCCCUCAGCAUGGAUAUGGAGCUGAGCUCCUCGGAUUCUGUGAACAUGGAAGAGGAGGAGGAGGAGGAUGAUGAGGAUGGAGCAGGAAAGGAAUCCCGGCGCCCCAUGACCAGGAGGUCCAUUCUCACCAGCCCCAUUGCCAACGGUGCCAAUGUGGACUAUGACGAACUGGGCAAGAGCUGCCAGAGCAGCCUGCCGGGUCUCAAGAAGACCCCAUCCAUCGAUUCCUCUGACUCCAGCCGGGGCUCCCAAAACGGCCAAGCCUGGGACCCGAGCGGGGGCAGCCCCCGCAAGAGCAGGAAGGUGCACCUGACCCAGUUUGAGCUGGAGGGGCUGCGCUGCCUCGUGGACAAGCUGGAGUCACUCCCUCUGCACAAGAAGUGUGUUCCCACUGGCAUCGAGGACGAGGAUGCCCUCAUCGCUGAUGUCAAGCUGCUGUUGGAAGAAUACGCGAACAGCGACCCCAAACUGGCACUUACAGGUGUCCCCAUCGUCCAGUGGCCCAAGAGAGAUAAGCUAAAGCUCCAGGCCCGGCUGAGGGUGCGCCUGCCCACCAUCCCCAUCACCAAGCCGCACACCAUGAAGCCAGCACCACGCCCGACUCCUGUCAGGUCCACCGUGUCUCCCAUCGUGUCAGGCGCCCGGCGGAGGCGGGUGCGGUGCCGGAAAUGCAAGGCCUGCAUGCAGGGCGAGUGUGGCAUGUGCCACUAUUGCAGGGAUAUGAAGAAGUUUGGCGGGCCUGGCCGCAUGAAGCAGUCCUGUGUCCUCCGGCAGUGCUUGGCGCCCAGGCUGCCUCACUCGGUCACGUGUGCACUUUGCGGGGAGGUGGAUCAGAACGAGGACUCACAAGACUUUGAGAAGAAGCUUAUGGAGUGCUGUAUCUGCAAUGAGAUUGUUCACCCUGGCUGUCUGCAGAUGGAUGGGGAAGGGCUGCUCAAUGAUGAGCUCCCCAACUGCUGGGAGUGUCCCAAGUGCUACCAGGGUGAUGACACAGAGAAGGGCCAGAAGCGGAAGGUGGAGGAGAGCGACGACGACACGGCGCAAGCCAAGGUGCUGCGGCCCCUGCGGAGCUGCGAGGAGCCCCUGACCCCCCCACCCAACUCACCCACUCCGAUGCUGCAGCUGAUCCACGACCCCGCGUCCCCCCGUGGGGUGGUGACACGCUCGUCCCCGGGGGCCGGGCCCAGCGACCACCACAGCGCCAGCCGGGACGAGCGCUUCAAGCGCCGGCAACUGUUGCGACUCCAGGCCACGGAGAGAACCAUGGUGCGGGAGAAGGAGAACAACCCCAGCGGCAAGAAGGAGCUGUCAGAGGUGGAGAAGGCCAAGCUGCACGGCUCCUACCUCACCGUGACGCUCCAGCGCCCCACCAAAGACGUCCACGGCACUUCGAUCGUCCCCAAGCUCCAAGCCAUCACAGCCUCCUCGGCCAACCUGCAGCACUCACCGCGCGUGGUCGUGCGCCAUGCGCCCGCCAGGAUGCCCCUGCGGAGCGGGGGCGAUGAGGAGGCGGCCGCUGAGGAAGAGGACGAGGAAGAGGAGGAGGAGGACGAGAAUGCGGAGGAAGGGGGGGCGGCCCGGCUGAAUGGGCGUGGGGGCCGGGCACAAGAGGGCGAGGAGAGCUGCGUCCAGCGCGAGGUCUGGAUGUCUGUGUUCCGCUACCUCACCCGCAGGGAGCUCUGCGAGUGCAUGCGGGUGUGCAAGACCUGGUACAAGUGGUGCUGUGACAAGAGAUUGUGGACAAAGAUAGACUUGAGCAGGUGCAAGUCCAUCACCCCCCAGGCGCUGAGUGGCAUCAUCAAAAGGCAGCCAGUCAGCCUUGACCUCAGCUGGACCAAUAUCUCAAAAAAACAGCUUACAUGGCUCGUCAACAGGCUGCCAGGCCUGAAAGACCUCAUCCUAGCUGGCUGUUCCUGGUCUGCGGUCUGUGCUCUCAGUACCUCCAGCUGCCCCCUUCUCAGGACCCUCGAUCUUCGGUGGGCAGUAGGAAUCAAGGACCCUCAGAUCCGGGACUUACUCACGCCUCCAACAGACAAACCCAGUAAGCUGGGGCUGGCUGGGCUGGACAAGGGAAGGUCCCCAGGGCAGUCUGUCCACUUUCUUCCUCUCUCUGCCUGUGCAGGUCAGGACAAUCGCAGCAAACUCCGCAACAUGAUUGACUUCCGGCUCGCCGGGCUGGACAUCACGGACGCCACGCUGCGCCUGAUCAUCCGCCAUAUGCCCCUGCUCUCCCGCCUCGACCUCAGCCACUGCAACCACCUCACGGACCAGUCGGCCAACCUCCUCACCGCCGUGGGCUCCUCCACACGCAACUCCCUCACCGAGCUCAACAUGGCAGGCUGCAAUAAGCUGACGGACCAGGCCUUGCUGUACCUGCGCCGCAUCUCCAACGUCACCCUCAUCGACCUGCGGGGUUGCAAACAGAUCACCCGCAAAGCCUGUGAGCACUUCAUCUCGGACCUGUCCAUCAACAGCCUCUACUGCCUGUCCGAUGAGAAGCUGAUCCAAAAAAUCAGCUAGAGACCCUCCCCGG